AUAGCACAAAGAUAGACGCCGGCGGGUGGUUGAGUGAAGAAAACAGGUGGAAGCACUGGGGUGGACCGGCUGUUUUUUGCCAAGAGGGACUUCGUGCUUAAGACAGGAGGCGGGUGGUGCUUCAGUGGGGAGGGGUAGCGAAGAAAGGAUUAUCGCACCAUCUAACACCAUAGUUUUUUGCUUCAACUUGAUACCACGAAGAUCGAUCUUUUGGCGGACAAGCGAGAGAGGGGUGUGGCGCAAAGGGUGUGGCCAGGGGGGAAGCGGGGUUAACGAGAGAGAGGCACGAGGCGAAGUACGCGUGCGGAUCGACAGGGAAGACCCAGGCUAUGGCUGUCUCCGGCAAGGGAGCUCUUUCCUUCAGGGUGAUUGCUCGCGUGGGCAAGGGAGAGCAGGUGAUGGUGUGCGGAGACGCCCCGUGCUUGGGCAGCGGCGAUCCGGAGAGGGCACUCCCGCUCUUCACGACUCCGGCAGACUAUCCGCUGUGGUUCAGCAAGGAAGAACUGCCAAGACCAGCGGGGAGUAAGACGGCGCACGACUUUCGGUACUGCGUGUACCGAGGUGGCAGGUUCCACCGAUGGGACGCCGUGGAGCAGCCUAGGGUCAUCCGCUCUUCCAAGACUCCCCAAAUCGCCAGGGACACCCUCGACGAAGACCCGAAGGACAACGAGAGCGAGAGCGGGCGGCACGACCGAUUGUCUCCGGACAUCGCUUCCCCUGGGCCCCCAGGCCCGGAAGAGGAGCAGGAGAAAACUUGGCUGCAGACGCCCGCCUUCAUCAAGUCCAAGACGGUGGCGGCGGCGGCGGCGGCGGCGACGUUUCUGCAGGAGGGGGGAUGCGUCCCGCUGUCCCCUGGUGGCGGAGAGGACAACGAGAGCGAAGACGGAGUUGCUUCGCUGCAGUUCGCGGCGCAGGAGCUCUCCCGGCGACAGCUGCACCAGCAGCAGCGGGAGGGGGGCAUAGGCGAGGUGCUGGGCAGGCUGCGGCGCCCCCCUUCUCUGGAGGCGGUGGAUGGGGAGGAGGCGGGGCUGGGCCUGGGCCUGAGGCUGGGUAUGGAGACCCUGAGCUCUCCGCCGCCUAUGAGGGCCGCGGCUGAGAAGGCGAAAGCCAAGGCCUGUCCCACUCUUUGGAGCCCCAAGGAUGGCGGUGUGGUGGUAGCGUCUUUCUACCUUCCGGUCACGCUCACUAGGCGCACUGCUUCCGAUACCUCUGGCGAGACGGCGGGUGUCGCCGAGGCUAAUGCUGACGGAGUCGGCGGUGGCGGGGCUGACUGUGAUGGUUGGGUCGCGGAGUGGGAUCACGAACAGCUCAUCGCUAUGCAGACCAACCUUCGCGUCGUCCGCGUCGGAACGGUCAAGUGCGAUGAGAACAUCGAGGAGGAGGACAAGGCUGCGGUGGUGAAGGCCCUUCUGAAGCUCAAUUGCGUCCCGGUUUUCCUGACCAAGUCGAUCACACAUCAGUGCUACUACAGCUACUGCAAAGGAGUCCUGUGGCCGGUGAUGCACGGCAUGCUGGAGAUGUACGACGACCUCCCGAACUCCCUCUUAGACGACGCGGCGAUCACCCAAGGAUGGCAAGCUUACAAGCAGGUCAACCGCGCCUUUAGGGACAAGGUUGUGGAGGUAUUCCACGAGGGGGACAUGAUCUGGAUUCACGGCUUCCACCUGGCCAUCCUACCGGCAUUCCUGGACAGGACUGUCAAGGUUGCUCGCAUCGGACUGUUCCUGCACACCCCUUUCCCCCCCGGCGAGGUGUUUCGCGCUCUGCCCCACAGAGAAGAUCUCCUUCGCGGGAUGCUCGGUGCUGACCAGGUGUGUUUCAUCAACAAGUAG